AAAGGUUUUAUUUGUUUUAUUUCUUUUUUUUUUUUAAUGAAUUUUAACUCCUUUUGUUUAAAAAGCGUGUGCAAAAGACAAAUGACACUUUUAUUUGGAAAUGAAUCCGAAGAAGUUGGUCAUUAUCAUAAGACUUCACUUCACUUCUCAGAAAGUUCAAGAUUAUAAGGCAUGCUAUUAGGGUCUUAGGGAACAAAAUGAUAGAUGACAGUAGGUGAUGAAGAAAGAAGGGGCAAUUUUGUAAAAUGAAGUUAGGGAACAUGGCAUUGUGAACGGUGAAUAAAAACUACAUACUAGUAUAUAUUAAAUGAAGACAUACAGGCACCAUUAUUCCUUUUAAAACCGUAGUUAACUCAAGCUAGGGUACUGUGCACUAUCAUGUGCAUUCUCAUUCCAUAGUUUGUACAAUUCUUCCCCCAAUUCUCAACCUCUCAAAAUUAUAAUUUUCAUAGAAUUUGUCAUGGAAGAUCAACCUACCAAACAAUCCAGCAAUAACAAUACUACAACUUCUAGUGAAAACAGCAGUAUCAGUACUAUUAGUUCUACUACUACAUCUACUGCUACUACUAGUAGUAGAACUGAGAGAAACAACACCACUAGUGGUGAGCCUGUAAGGUCGAGAUGGACGCCGAAGCCAGAACAAAUACUAAUUUUGGAAUCCAUUUUUAAUAGUGGUAUGGUAAACCCUCCCAAGGAAGAAACCGUCCGAAUUCGAAAACUUCUUGAGAAGUUUGGUGCAGUGGGUGAUGCUAAUGUUUUUUAUUGGUUUCAAAACCGCCGCUCUCGCUCACGCCGCCGCCAACGCCAACUUCAAGCCUCGCUCGCCGCUUCUGUCACCCCUGUUGGAAGUCAAACACCUCCACCGCCUCCGGUUUCUAUGAACCUGGGUUUGCUAGGUGGUGGUGGUGGUAGUUCUAGUAGCUUGUAUGAUUUUGGGCACCACCAUCAUCAUCAUCACCAGAAUAGUAUUAUUAGUACAUGCACAACACAGGCUUCUUCGAGUGUUACAUGUUUUUCACCAUCAAAUACUAGUACAUCUUCUACCAAUUUUGGUGAUUGUGGUGGUGUUGUUGAUGAUGCUUUUGGUAAUUAUUCUGGGCAAAUGGGAUUAAUUAAUUCUAAUCAUCAUUUGGACUGCCCUUCUUCUUCUCCGAAUCUAGAGUUUCAAUCAGGGAUUAUAACAGUAUUUUUAAACGGAGUAGCAACUCAAGUACCGGAUGGCGCAUUAGAUAUGAAAGCAAUGUUUGGAGAAGAAGUGAUAUUGGUGCACUCUUCUGGUGUGCCUGUUCCAUUCAAUGAGUAUGGAAUUUCUCUACAAAGCUUACAACAUGGAGAGAGUUACUUCCUAGUAUGUGCUUCUUCUUUGCUGUUGCUUCGUUGUUGUCCUAAUGCAUAUGUUAAUUAAGGGAAACUUCCUUUCUUAACUUAUGUUUUCUAUAUUUUUUUAUUUUAUUUUAUUUUUUUUUUUUUUUUUUUUUUUUUUUGAGAAAAACUUAUGUCUUCUAUUUGAUCUCUAAUUUAAUUAAUACAUGGAAUAAUGAUUCCUUAAUUUAAAAUUCAUUCAUUGAGUUUGUCAAUUUUUUAUACUAAGUCUUAUUUAUUAAAUCAUAUUAUUAUCACUCCCUUUUUAAAAGUAGAAGGUUAC